AUGAUACAAUCAAAGACCACAUGUUCGGCCCCACUAUGUAACAGUGCUUAUUCAUGGCCAGGAAAUUCUGGUACCGGUUGUCCUUCAACCGCAACGUGUUACAGAUUACGUACAUCGACAAAUGGGACUAUAUGUGUACCACAAGGAGCAUGUCGUUUCUUCGAUACAUGCAUCAGUGGCACACGCUGUGCAUCGAAUUUAACGACAUGUGUUGUUGAUAGUUGUUGUCCAGCACCUAUUUGUGUGCCACUAGCAUUGGCUAGUCUUUGUGAUCAAUCAACUCCAGCUGAUACAGGUAAUGAAACAUAUUUAUUUUUCAGUUUAUAA